AUGGAGGUAUAUGUGGAUGACAUGUUGGUAAAAAGUCUGGAGGCUGAGGACCACAUAACGCACCUCAACAGCACAUUCCAGAUCCUGAGAAGAUAUAGGAUGAGGCUCAACCCCCUCAAAUGCUCCUUUGGAGUGGCUUCAGUGCUGAAAACGGGGAAAAAGUUCCAAUGGAACGAGGAAUGUGAAGAUGCCUUCCAAGGCCUGAAAAGGCACUUGGGGCAGGCCCCCCUCCUCUCCAAAUCGAAGCCCGGAGAAAUCCUACAACUAUACCUAGCCGUCUCAAACGAGGCCAUCAGUUCGGUUCUGACUCGAGAAGAAGGAACCACCCAACUUCCAGUUUACUAUACAAGAAGAUUGUUGAAGUGGGCAGUGGAGCUAAGCGAAUUUAACCUCGUGUUCAAGACUAGGGCGGCCAUCAAGGGUCAGGCCUUGUCUGACUUUGUGGUAGAAUUCACCAACUUACCCGACGUAGAUGAAAUCAUGGAACCCGUCGAGCCCCCUACAUGGAAUUUAUUCAUGGAUGGGUCGGCUCAGGCCACCAACUAUGUAGCAGAAUAUGAGGCAUUACUUGCAGGCCUCAGACUGGCAAGGGAAAUGAAAUUAAAGAGGCUCCUCAUAAGCAGUGACUCCCAGCUGAUCCCGCGCAUCGAAAAUUCUCAUGCGGAUGCACUCUCUAAGCUCGCAAGUAGCAAGGAUUCGGAACUACUCACGGUAGUACCUAUAGAGCACCUCUUCCUACCAUCGACCGAGACCCCCAAUGUCAUGUGGGUCACUGGGACCCCUACCUGGAUGCAGCCAAUUGUAGCAUACCUUAAAGACCAGAGAAGCUUCUCCUCUCCACUUUUACGAUGCGUCAGAGGAGAAGAGGCUAACUAUAUAUUAAGAGAAGUCCAUGAGGGCGUGUGUGGUAAUCACUCUGGAGGUCUAUCUUUAGCACAAAAAAUAUUGAGGCAGGGACAACCGUCACAAGAUUUGACUACGGUCUCUAGCCCUUGGCCUUUCUCAAAGUGGGGUGUGGACCUCAUAGGUCCUCUACCUAAGGGUAGAGGAGGUGUAAGCUUCGCAAUUGUGGCCAUUGAUUACUUUACAAAAUGGGUUGAGGCCGAACUGCUGGCAAAAAUUACAGAAGCAAACACUUCCAAGUUCUUAUGGAAGAAUAUUAUAUGCCGAUUUGGGAUCCCCUAUUCGAUCGUCUCAGACAAUGGCAGACAAUUCGACAACAAGAAGGGGGCUUGGGUAGAUGAGCUGUCACAAGUACUGUGGGCGAUCCGAACCACCAUAAGGACCUUAACUGGAGAAACGCCUUUCCUCAUGGCAUUUGAAACUGAGGCAAUGAUCCCCGUUGAGGUUGGACUGCCGUCUCCAAGACGUCUGCAUUUUAGUGAAAUCACAAAUGACGAGCUUAGGAGGUGCGACCUCGGCUUCAUUGAAGAAAGAAGAGAUGACUCCCAGUUGAAGCUCGGUACAUAUCAAAGGAAGAUGACGAGAUACUUCAACUCAAAAGUCAAGAAAAGAUCAUUCCGAAUCAAUGACUUGGUCCUUAGAAGAGUUUUCCUUUCCUCAAAGGAACCUGGUUCCGGUUCCUUGGACCCUAACUAG